GUGGUUGCAGGUGACCAAGAGGAGACCGAGCCAAGCACUGAGCAACAAGAAAAAAAUCGGUGCUAGUGAGAUGUUGGACCAGUUCUUCUGAGUCGUGGUAAUAUGUCUGAGCGGAGAACACAGAUGAUAGACGGACAUCAUCGCUGCUGUUCGAACGGACUGAAAUCUGUUGAUCCAGAAAUAACAAACCAGGCAACGACCACGACGGCUCCGGGCGGAUGUUCGACUGCAAAGGAGAGAAAUCUCUCGUUCGCCCGGAAGUAGUAUGGUCAGGAGCUGCCGAUAAGGAAGCCCAAAAGAGUCACAAAAUAGGAGUGAAUCGCAAGGGGGCCGCCAAGGCGCCUGCAGGGACCCAGUAUCGUAGAUACCUAUCCAUAUCUGUGGGCGGACCACGGGAAGACCGACAUUGGAUUCCAGUCAACUCUAGCCGAGCCUCGCAGCUGUAGUGAUCGCGUAGGGUCGCAUACGAACUUGUCCGUGGAUAUUUGAGCACUCAAGCUGA